GGGAUUAUGUCGAUGAUCGCGGGAAGCAAAGCUUAGAAACCAUAUGUCUUUUACUUGCUUAUAAAAUCAAGUAUCCUGAAAACUUUUUCCUUUUGAGGGGAAAUCACGAAUGCGCUUCCAUUAAUAGGAUAUAUGGAUUUUACGAUGAAUGUAAGCGAAGGUUUAAUGUGAGGCUUUGGAAAGCCUUUACGGACUCUUUUAACUGCCUUCCUGUGGCAGCACUUAUAGAUGAUAAAAUAUUGUGCAUGCAUGGUGGUCUUUCUCCCGAACUCGCCAAUUUGGACCAAAUCAGGAUUUUGCCUCGUCCAACUGCUAUUCCCGACACUGGUUUGCUCUGUCACAAUGCUGGUUCCCCAACUGGCGUUCGCUCUGUAAUCUAG